UCCGUGCGGUUCCUGUUGUGGUCUGGUCUACGCUGACAGGGCUGAGUGUCCGUGUGUGCCUCAGGUUGGGCAGAAUGAACGGUUAAAAUAUGGACGUCCGACAAAUGUAAAAUAUAAAACAAUAUUUGGACCAUGAAGGCUGUUAGCGUAGCCUUAUACGGGCUCGCUUUAGGGCUGCUAGCGAUCGGCCUACGAGAAUUACUGACCGGUUUCGAAGAGAAUAGGUGCAGCAUGACUUAUAUGUUUGAAUACCCAGAGUACAGGCGAGUGUCUUUAUCUCGGCGAGUGAGCAAACUGUACCCGGCCUACGGGCUAUACCUGUAUGGAGAGGGGGUGUAUGCCCAGGAAACACGCAACCUCAAACUUAGUGGUGCCCCAGUCCUUUUCCUGCCUGGGAAUGCUGGAAGUCACAAACAAGCUCGUUCCUUGGGCUCUGUUGCUUUGAGGAAGGCUGAGAACAUGGAAGGAGGACUCCAUUUUAACGUCUUCACUGUGGACUUCAACGAAGAGCUGGUGGCACUUUACGGAGGCAGUUUGCUCAGACAGACCCACUUCCUACACGAGAGCAUUAAGGCCAUUCUGCGGCUCUACAAGCACCUGAAGUCCCCUCCUCAGAGCGUAGUCCUGGUCGGUCACUCUAUGGGAGGAGUGGUGGCUCGGGCUUUGUUCACUUUGCCCAAAUUCAACCCAAACCUGGUGACCCUGAUCAUCACCCAAGCCUCGCCCCAUGUGGCUCCAGUGCUGGGGCUGGACCCAUACCUGCUCAAUUUCUACCAAGCAGUGAGGCAGAAGUGGUUAAAUUCAGAGCGUCUCAGAAACGUAACGGUGCUGUCAGUGGGAGGAGGUUACAGAGACUUUCAGGUCCGCUCCGGUCUCACCUCUCUGCCCUGCUCCUCGGACGACCCUCACAAGAUAUCACUGGUGGUAACUGCUGUGCCUCGUACCUGGGUUUCCACCGAUCACUUAUCAAUUGUCUGGUGCAAAGAGCUUGUACUUGCCACUGUGAGGGCUUUCUUUGACCUCCUCGACCCUGCCACAAGACAGUUUACAGAGGACCCAGAGAGGAAAAUGACGGUACUGAACCAUCACUUUAUCAGACACCCUGUGAGUCCAGUAGGAGAGACUCAGAAAACCACUGCCUCCUUUUUGGAAUCCUCUGAAGCAUGGAGUGAAGUAAACACACUGCGUCUGGCCUACACCACACCAAAGGAAGGACAAAUGAAGUACUUCCUGUUUGCUCUGUCCAGUCGAAGAAAAGCAUACAGCCAUUUCUACUGUAGGAGUAGUGGGCUGCAGGACAUGACCAGCUGGGUAUAUGGCUGCAUGCAGAAAAAUGGUUCCUCAUGUGUCCAUGCUGUGGAUCUGUCAGUGGGAACAGAAUACCUUCCUCCUUACAAGGUGUUAAUUCUUGAUCUCAACGACUUGUCCGCAUUUACUCAUCUGGUUGUGGCAGCCUCAAAUGUCAAUGGAAAACAGUUUACAGUGGAGUGUGAAUGGCAGAGACAGCAAUCUCAAUCUCAGACCAUAACUUUACCAGUGCCACAUGUGCUUUCUAUUGGUAUGACUGUCAGUGAUGUAACAAUUGGCUCUUCCGGUCUUCUCCACACCAUUCAACUACAGCACUUUCACCAGGUCUAUCAAGCUUUUAGAAUCACAGUUGCUAGCCACUGUAAAAUGCCUAAAGAGAGAUUGUCUGAUGUCUAUAGACUCAAAGUAUCAUGGUUUCGCGAAGACUCACUAACCACUGUCAGUGCACCAUCAGUGACAGAGAUCUCAGGGAUGCUUCACACAAGUCGCCCAGACAAUUCUUCUGGUGCCAUUCUUCAACUCCACACUGCCCCCAACUGCCAAUAUAAGGUGUCUGUGAGGACAUCUUUACCCAAAGUGCUGGGGCAGGUGCUAAGAUUCUGUGGUCCCAUAGUGCCAGUGUACACAGCUGUUACACUCCUCCUCGCCUGUGGGAGGCAGCUGACUUUAAUCCUUGAUUCUAAAGAAACUACAAGUAUGGGUCAAGCAGUGGCCAAAAGCUUUCAGCCUCAUAAAGUCAUCCUCCCUGUUUACAUCCUGCAUGCAUUACUAAGCUGUAGCUGGUUUGAGGAGCUGUGGUCUUUUCUUCUGCUCCCUCACAUGGACUCCCUCACUCCCACUGUCCCAGACUCAUCUCUCACUGAAGAUCUGUCCCCAGAGGAGUGGCCCUACCUUCUUUCUCCUCUCCUGUACCUGAUGGGGGCCGCGGUGGCAUUCUGGGGCAGUGCUUUGCUACGUAUCGUUAUCCGUGUGCUAUCUCUAAUAUUAGCUCUACUGCACAGGCCCUCAGUCUCCAGAGAUUGUGGUACUCUCCCAUUAUGGACCCAAGUCCUGGUAUCUGUGUCUCUUACUGUUUUGGGCAGCGCCACAUGUGGAGCCUUGUCCAUAUUUACUGCUUUUAUGUUCCACUUGUACAGGGUGCUGAGGCUACAGAUGACGGAGAGGUCGCUCAGGCACAUGCUGAAUCUGGCCCCACAGAAGCACAAAAAGUCAUUCAACGGCAGUGUAGACACGGAGUCUGUGUCGAAACCCUCUGAGUGUAACGGGAUGCCCCUGCUCUCUGAGCGGGUGCUACAGGAGGUGAGGGGAGACCUGCAGCUGCACCUCUGUCUCUCCGUCCUCUUCACCGCUCCACUCAUCCUCAGUGCUCCCUCGCUCCUGCAUUGGAUACGCAACAUGAGGUAUAGCACACAGCUGGAUCCUGACCCUUGCUGGCCUCACUAUGUGCCUCUCAUUAUUACAUACUUGCUGCUAAUCAACUGCAACACUGAAACAUUAGGCAAAAGUAAACUGUUGCCUCUGGCCUCAUGGCUCCCUCUACCAUUGGCUGUUGCGAUGUUGAGUUUCUCCGCUCUCCAUCUCUACAGAAUCACAUACUAUUUAUUGGCAGCACUGGCACCCAUGGCCUUAUGUUGUCUUCUUUGACAGUACACCUUUACCAUAACAAGCCUUUUUAUCUAAGUUUCUGAUGGACUCAUUCUCAUUAAUAGGUCAUGAAUAGAUUGCGUUCACCUUUACAAAAUGUAGUGUUAAAAGCUUACAAAAAGGGACAAUGUCAAUACAAAAAAUAAAUAGACAAUACUGUAUUGUGUUGUAGUAUAGUAUGUUGUUCUAGGAACAACAGCACAUUCUAUAGUUGUGUCCCUGAGAAAGACACCUCACAAUUCUGACAAGAUUAUCAAUCAGUAAUUUUAAUAAUUUCGCAACAAUAUAAUCUUAACUAAAAAAUAUGAAUAGUGAGAAUUUUAGAAGCAAAAAUAAGUCAAUUAUUUGAUCCAUAGCCCCCCAAAUCCUAACCUAAAUGUGUUUUAUUUUUGUUUUUUUAAGACAAAGUGUUUAGCUUUUCCUUCUACAUACGCAUUUGAGUGUAAUCUUGUGAACGCAGCCUAUUCUUGUUGACAGACAGAGCUAUAGACUUACAUGAGUGAUCUGCUUGUUUUGAAUCAGCAUCAAUUGUUCCAGCCAUUUCUCUAUGUUUUAAUAGGACAAAAUGUGACGCUGGAAUCUGCCUUACAACUGUAUGUAUAUCUAUUGCUCUGUCAUUAGAAUGGGAGGAAGGAUGUUACUGUUAAAUUGUGUUGACAGUGUCUUAGUUCAUUGUGAUACUUAUGCUGUAUAAUCUCACACUGCCAACAGCUUAGCAUAGACUCUAGAUGUCUUUACCUGCUGACUGUUUGUUUAUAUGAAUAUCCAAUAGUAAGAUUUAUUUUACACAACAGAAGUCCAAAGGAAAUCAUAUUUAAAUCCAUGUUUUAUAUAUUUAUAAUCCAUUCACAUAGUAUAUAUGGGAUUGGUUUGGUUUGGUUUUGGAUCAAAGUGGUUAAACAGGAGUGUAGUAAUAAGCCAAUAAUGUAAUAACAAUGUUGAGCCUUUCAAACCAAGAAAAUAUUUGGCUUGCUGAGUGCCACCAGAUCUAAACCAGGGCUAUUGUAGGUCUUUUAGUGGACUACAUCAAAUUCAUUAUAGUUCUAAACAAGAAAUUGUUGAAAUGAGGACACAAAAGUGGAUAAAAUGAUCUGAAAAUCCCACUUACUGAAGAGCCACCUGAAGGAUCUUAUGUUAUUGAGAAACACUGUCAUAAAUUAUUACAUUAUUGGCUGGUUAUCUUUAGCCUGACAAGGAAAAAAAGAAAGAAAAAAUCUGAUAAUCUAAUAACUGCAGCCAAUAAUGUAGUUAUUGGAGUCUUGUACAGUCAAGCAUUUGGCGCAAGGUAAACAAAAUAAUCUGUCUGUAAUGUGGGGUUUAUUGUAUAUUUUCUAGUAUCAUCCAAUCCUAUCCACUUUAUUUAUAUAGUAGUAAAAUAAAACAAUACAUAGAAAACCAUACUUCAAAAGGCUCAAUUAUAUAUAUAUAUAUAUAUAAAAAAGGCUUAAAAACUAUCAAAUACAGUGUUUAUCAUAGAUUCUGGGGAGACUAUGUUGGAACAAAUAAUUUUGAUUUUAAUCAUUUUAUCUUAUACAAUUUGUGCAGUAUAAAUAACAUUUAUUGUCUAUUUUUAAUCUUUAUGCAGUCCUUUUCGCCUAGUACAGUUACUUGUUAAUGUUUAAGACAAUGGGAAACAAAGUGUGAUUUUGCGAUGGCAGUGUAUUGUCCAGCUGUUUUAGACUAUGUGGGAGGCAUCAUAUUCUCUUAUAGUAAUAUGAAAUACUGAACACGCAGAGAACUAGCCAGAGAAUAAAAGUGAACAAGUCACUGAGCAAAUGAACAAUUUGAUCUAUUUAUGACAAAUGACUCCCUGCUUAUCUAUCUAGUGUAUGAUAUAGCUAUAAUAUUGAGUCAAAUGCAUAUAAAAACAUCUCCAAGAGUAAUGGUGAUUGGGUUUUAAAGUAGUAGAGUGCUGGUUGUAGUCAUUGCCAGCAGAUGGAGUCCUUGUCAGUCCCUACUUGCUAUGUAAACUGAAGGCAUCAGAGAAACUGACUUCAAUAUACAACUUAUUUGAAUUGUUAAGACCAAUACUAAGGUGCUCAUGUGCUUUCAAAUCCUGAAUAGUCAGUAAUAUAGGACUUUUACUAAAAGUUAUGGAGGGAACAAUUAAUUAGAAUAAUAAAAAAUUAUACAAUAAUAAUUAUAGUCAUAUUUCGGUAACCUUAACUGUAAUCUAAACAAUUCAGACAUAAGCCACAUACUAAAAGACAAUUUCAAUCAUUAAUUUUUGAAUGCAGUAAUUGAUUAAUUGAAAAAUAAUCACUAACUAAUGGACUGCUAAAAUAAACAUUGGUGGCAGCCAUACUAAAUUUUAAACUUGAAUUGCAUAACACUAUUAGGCAUCAAUAAAAAUCCAUGUACCACCAUUUUUGGAAUCAUGUUUGCACAAAUUUAAACCAUUCGCAGUUUAGCUUAAAAUAAAUUUCUGGUAAAUUGGGGACUCUUUGAUAUCACUGUAAAAUAUACUUAUUUGGGACCAAUUUCUUUGCCUUUGGUUUUUACAGUAAUACACAUCUAAACUACCAAGUAAACAGUAGGCCUAUGUUAUCUUCCACUGUUGUUCCUUGUGAAUGUAGCUGCACUGAAUGUGUGUGACUUCAUGCACUUGUAUUGGUGAAGUGAAGCUUUCGUGCACUUGUGGUUAGUGCAGUUUUGUGCUGUGAGAUGCACAUUUUAUGCCUUGUCGUGAAACAGGUGGAAAACUUUAUAGGUUAAAAGUAGAACAAAUGAUGAAUAUGUUUUCUAUUACUGUUAAUGUAUUUUAUAUGGUGUUCACUGUGAUCAUAUCUAAGAUUGUUGAUGACUUCUUUGAUUUUUGACGAUGGAGGGGUGUCUUUGUUUUUAUUUGCCAAACAUUGCCGGGUUUCAGCAAAGCUUCAUGAUCAAAAACUAACCUAAUUUAAUUUAAUAAAACAACUUCUGUAAUUAUUAUUAUUUUUUUUUUAAAGGUGCACUAUGUAACUUUUUUGUUGCUUGUCUCCAUGGAAAUAUUAUGUUGUAUUGCCUGGAUUGUUCCACAGUAUGGCGUUCAACACUGUUCAUGCGUUUUUUUUAGGUAAAAAAUAACUUUAAAAACAUGCAUUCUUUCUUUGUGGAGGGUCACCUUUCCACAGACCUGUAAUUUGGCCUGGUAGUAUCGCCUGCUUGUCUCCAUAGAGAUACAUAAAUUAAAUGCCAUACUGUGGAACAUUCCAGGUGAAAUAAUAAUAUCCCCAUGGAGACAACAGCAAACCCUCCACCAGAAAACUUACCUUUACUUAAGUUACUUCCUAAACAAUUAUUUUCAUUUUAUUGCCAUUUCAACCACCAACACUAACUACCCUUUUGUGGCUUAUAUCAGGCUUAAACAUGUUGUGAUCACUGCAAUGUGUGUCAUAAACUAAAUGGCAAUUGUUCACUGGAUAAUUCCAUGUAAAAACACUGUUCUUGUCUUGAAGUGCUUUAAAGUGUGGUGACCGGUCUACUUUCUUCUGUUUCUGCCUACAGUGGCUCUAAAAGCUCUUCUUAGCUGCUGAUUGUGUAAAGGUGGUUAAUUCUGUGACCUUGUAAUGAUGCACCAUAAAUGCAUUUGGUGUUUUGAAUAUACUUUAUUAAGCAGCUCUUGUGUGAAGAGUGUCUGUAUAACCCCUCAGGUUUAGGCUUUUGUCAAAAUGAGCUAAUUUGUUAUUGUAAAAUACAUCUGUCAUUUUUUUAUCUGAUGUUCCUGUAAAUGGGUUAACGGUGCAAUUUUUCGCACAAAUGUUGUUGGAAUAAAAUAUGCAAACACAG